UAUUGUUUUUGAACUAGUUUUAAGGAUUUUUUUCAUGGCUGAUGUUAUUGACAAAUUUGAUAAUAAUAAACUUGACCAAAAUGUUAAUAAUCAACGAUUGGAUUUCAAAAGACACGGUUUAUCGAUCAGUGAAGAUAAACAGGACAUGUAUUUCACAAAAAGUCUUUAUAUUUUUUCACCAACAAAUCCAUUACGCAGAUUGUGUGUUGCUAUAAGCACUUCCAAGUUAUUUGAGUUGUUUAUAAUACUUUCUAUUGCUACUAACUGUGUUGUAAUGGGAUUGAAUACUUCUUUACCAAAUAAUGAUAUGUCAAAUCUAAACUACAAACUGAUGAUAUUCGAUUAUGUUUUUGUUGCUGUAUUUUCUUUUGAAGCUAUAUUAAAAAUUUUAAGUCAAGGAUUUAUCAUGGAUUUAAAUUCUUAUAUGCGAAAUAAAUGGAAUAUUUUUGACUUAUCUGUUUUAAUUGCCAGUAUUGUUGUGUUAUUUCAAACAUCAAAUUAUUUGUCUUGGAUAAAAGUUAUUAAAGCUGCAAGAGUUUUUAGGCCAUUAAAGUUUGUAGCAGGAAUCCCAAGUUUAAACAUUGUAAUGGGAUCUAUUUUAAAGUCAUUAUCGUCAUUAUUACAUAUUGGAAUAUUCAUUGGAUUUGUAAUCAUUAUUUAUGCAGUUAUUGGACAGUUAUUUCUUCAGGAUGGCUUUCAUCAAGCUUGUUUUUAUAUAGGCAAUAAUACUUAUAUUGAUGAUUCACCCUGUGGAAUUAGUGUUAGUUUGGGUUAUCAGUGUCCAAAAGGAACUACUUGUAGAAAAUACUGGAUUGGUCCAAACUCUGGUUUACCAAACUUUGAUAAUAUUCUCUUUUCAUCUAUUACUAUUUUCACAUGUAUCACUUGUGAAGGCUGGACUGAUGUCAUGUAUUCAACAUAUCGAAUGGUUGAUUACAAUGGCUAUUUCAUAUGGAUAUAUUUUUUUUCACUCAUUGUUAUUGGUUCCCACUUUAUGCUAAAUUUGGUUUGUGGUGUUCUAAGUGGCCAAUUUAGUAAAGAAAGUGAGCUAAUUGCAUACAGAACAGAAUUUCAACGAAAGCGUGUUAUGGCUGUGAAAACCAAAGUUUCUACAAAAUAUAGUUUCAACAAAAACAGCACUCAUGAAAGUUUUGCAACUAAAAAGAUAAAUGAGCCAAAAAAAGAAAAAAAGAUAGAAGUUAACACUUUGAAUAGAAUUGCGAUUUUUCGUGCGAAGUUAAAAAAAAUAAUGACAUCAUCAUUUAUGGAAUGGUCAAUCAUUGUAUUAGUAUUUCUUAAUAGUGUAUCAGGAGCCAUACAGUAUAGUGGCCAACCAGAUUUAAUGACAAGUAUAGAAGAUAUGUCUGACCAUGUUUUUAUUGCAUUUUAUUUUCUUGAAACAUCUUUAAAAGUUUUUGCUUUUGGACCAGUGCUGUACUUUAAAUCAAAUACAAAUAGAUUUGAUUUUGUAGUUCUCAUUGCCAGUUUAUUGGAUUGGGUUAUUAAAAGCUAUUAUAAGAUAAACAUUGGGGUAUCUGUUUUUCGUCAACUAAAAUUGUUGAGAUUUUUUAAGUUUACUAGACACUGGAAGUCACUAAAGUUUUUAGUUGCUUCAAUUUUAUCAAGUUUAUCAUCAAUCUUGAGCUUGUUACUAUUGUUGUUUAUUUUUACUUUGAUAUUUGCAUUACUUGGUAUGCAGUUUUUUUGUGGGGAAUUAAACACUAAAAAGAUUCGAACAAACUUUGAUGAUUUUGUAAACGCAGUGUUGACAGUUUUUCAGAUUAUUACUGGAGAAGAUUGGAAUAUUGUUAUGAAUAAUGCAAUUUUGACAAUGACAGGGAAAAGCGCUUCAUUUAAUGGGUUUUUAAUAUCAUUGUAUUUUGUGGCAGUAACUUGUAUUGGAAGAUAUGUUUUAUUAAAUAUUUUUUUAGCCAUUGCAGUUGCUAAUAUUUCACUUACAGACAAUGAAAAAAAAGAAAUAGCAAAUGAAGAGUCUGGCAGUAUAAAGCUUCUAAAAAAUAUUAAUGAAAAUCUUGCUUUGCCAGAAAUUGUCAAAGAUCAUUAUUCUGAAGAAGGAAUACAAUCUGACAUAGAAGUUCAAUCUGAAAAUUUAAAUGGCGAGUUUGAUGUUUGUUUAACAGUUCCUGCAAAACCUGGUGAAAAUAUUUUAGAGAAUCUUAAAAACCCUGCUCGAAUGCUUCCACAGCCAUUUAGAGCUCCAAUACUAAAACAGAAAACACUAUUUAUUUUUUCGCCAUCUAAUCCAUUGCGAAAAAUAUUACAUAGAUUGGUGACUUCAUCAUACUUUGACAUGAUUAUCUCAGGGUUGAUUAUUAUAUAUAGUAUUUUAUUAGCAUGUGAAGAUGUUAAAGAUGCAGAUGCAAAAAUAAAUCAAGUGUUAAAAUAUGCAGAUUAUAUCUUCCUUGGUAUAUUUCUUUUAGAAGCUGUUAUAAAGAUAAUUAAUUAUGGUUUUGCUUUACACCCUGGUUCAUAUUGUCGAGAUAUUUGGAAUUGUAUUGAUUUAUUGGUAGUUGCGUGUGGAUUGGCUUUAGUUGUAUUAGAUUAUCUAGGUAUGAAAUUUGUACUUGUUCGAGUUUUUCAAAUUAUUCGUGUGUUAAGACCUUUAAAGUUAAUAAACAAGCUGCCAAAAUUGAAGGCUGUGUUUAUGUGCAUGUUCUACUCAUUAAAGAAUGUAUUUUUGGUGAUAAUACUAUCCAUUCAUAUCUUACUCAUAUACUCAAUAAUGGGUGUUCAAAUUUUUUCGGGUACUUUUUAUUAUUGUACCGAUAAGUCAAUAGACAAAAAAGAUGACUGCAGGGGAAAUUAUGUUCAAUUUGAAAGCAGCUAUAACCAACCAAAGGAAUUAAAGCGUGAAUGGCUUUUAUAUCCAUUCAACUUUGAUAACAUAUUAAAUGCAAUGCUUACUUUAUUUACCUCUUCAACUGGAGAUGCUUGGUAUUUACACAUGCAAAGAGGGAUAGACAGCACUGACAUAGAUUCCGGCCCAAUAGAAAACAAUAGGACUUGGGUUGCUAUCUACUUCAUUUCAUUUGUUGUUGUCUUUUCAUUUUUUUUUAUGAAUGUAUUUAUUGGUAUGAUUAUUCUUACAUUUCAUGAACAAGGAGCAGCAGUGUCUCGUAAAAAUCUUAAUCAAAAUACUAUAAAUAGUUUAGUUUUUGCAAUGAAUGCAAAGCCUAUGAAACGCUUUAUGCCAGAAGAUGUCAAAAGCUUCCAGUAUGCUGCAUGGGUAUUUACAGAAUCUAAUGCUUGGGAAAUAACAACAACAUGUCUUAUAAUACUUAAUACCAUUGCUUUGGUUAUCGAGUUUGAGGGCGAGCCUGAUAUAUAUUCUGCAAAAAUGAAAGAUAUAAAUACAACAUUUUCUUUCUUUUUUUUGACGGAGUUUCUAAUUAAAUUUUUCGCUCUUGGGUUUAAUUAUUUCAAGGAUCUUUGGAAUGGAUUUGAUUUAAUAAUAGUUCUUGGUGGUCUUAUUGAUUUUGCUAUUAAACUGAAACUGAGCAACCCAGAUGCUGUAUUUGAUACCAGUAUUUUUCGAUUUUUACGAGCAUUGAGAUUAGUUAAAUUACUGAGAAGAAGUCGAUCACUUCGUAUCUUGUUAUGGAUAUUUAUAAAAUCAUUUCAAGCAUUGCCUUAUGUUGGCAUGUUAAUUUUGUUGUUGUUUUUUGUGUAUGCUAUCAUUGGAAUGCAGACUUUUUAUGGAAUUUCGAUUGCAUCUAAAGAUUCCUAUAUUAAUGAAAACAAUCAUUUUCGAUCAUUCUUUAGCUCCAUCCAAGUACUAUUUAGAAUUUCAACUGGGGAAAAUUGGCCUGAUAUUAUGCUGGCAUGUGCAGAAAAGGCUCCAUGUGAUAAAGCUAUUAAAUCAACCGAUGGAGAUGAUAUUUGUGGAUCUUAUUUUUCCUAUAUUUAUUUCACAUCUUUCAUUUUCUUUUCUUCAUUUCUUCUGCUAAAUUUAUUUGUUGCUGUCAUCAUGGAUAACUUUUCGUUUCUAACAGCUGAUUCAAGCAUUCUUGGACCUCAUCAUUUAGAUGAAUUUAUCAGUGUUUGGUCAAAUUUUGAUCCCAGAGCAAGUGGGCGCAUUAGAUACACAGAAGUAUGUGAAUUGCUUAGACAAAUGUUACCUCCUAUUGGUCUGGGUACUAACUGCAGUAAAACUUUAGCUUACAAGCGUUUAGUAAAGAUGAACAUGAUAUUGUAUAAAGAUGAAACAAUCGAGUUUACAGGAAUGUUUUUUGCUUUGGUUCGAACUGGUCUUAGCUUUUACACUGAAAAUGCAAAUUUAAAAAGUAAUGACCAAGAAUGUCGCAAAACAUUAAAAGAAGUUUUUCCAAGCAUAUCAAAAAGAACUUUAGAUCUUGUUAUACCAAGAACUCCAAGAAAUUCUGCACACAUGACUAUUGCUAAGAUUUUCUCUGCAAAACUUAUUUUGGAAAACUAUAAAGCUAUUUGCAAAAAAAAAUCUAUCAUGAGAAAAAAAAGAUAUAACAUUAACCAAUCAGAAUAAUAUAUGGUUUGGCAAAACUGGUUUGAUCUUAUAAACUCGAAUCAACAGCAUCAAAAUUUGCACAUUUAUAAAGUGCACAUUCAUAAAGUUUGCACAUUUUUUUGAAAAAAAAUAACGAUUUUGUUAGUCAAUAUACAAAUGUAAAAUUUUUAUAAUUAAGUUUUUAAA